UCAAAAACGUCAGUUCAGUUGGAAGCCGGGUUUUUCAGUUGUCCAUUUCCAGGAUAUUACACAGCAGAUGGGCGGAGACUGGAAGACGUUUCUUUCAGACUUCUUGUUCUCAAUGACAGAGUCUGUCCGACAGAGCAACAUGACACACUUGGGGUGUCUAAAAUGGAUUUUUGUCUUGUCGCUGGGUAUAGUUGAUGUGAGGACUCUGCCUCAUGUCUCAAAGUACCAAACAGUGGUUCCUCAAAGGCUGAAGGAUUUAUCUACCAUCAAAGAUACUGCUCCACAUGAGAAAUACCCUGAUGUACUCCAAUACUCUUUAAGUAUAGACAGAGGAAAAUACACCUUACACCUGGAGAAGAACAGAUAUCUUGUUGGGAAAAACUUUACUGUGACAUCUUACUCUGACGAUGGUGCCCAAGUGACAUCUACUCCAGAUCUUAGGGUUCACUGCUACUACCACGGGCACAUUGUAGGAGUAGAGGAGUCCUCUGCCAGCAUUGAAUUGUGUUCAGGAAUGAAGGGAUUUGUAACCCUCCGAAACCGGAUGUACCUGAUUGAACCUUUGGCCAGCGAGGAAGCCGAAAUGCUGGAUAACAGAGGAAACCCCAAAGCUCACAGUGAUGAGGGUCCUCAUGCAGUUUACAACUACAAACACCUGAGGAGGAAGAGGAGCUCUUGUUCCCAUGGAAACACGACCACUUUCUAUGAUCACGGAGCUCGUCCGUCUGGAGUAUUCCAGCUUGGCAGUCUGAAAAGCAGAGCUCAAACCAAACAGCAAGCAGACAAACCCAGGACGGUGGAGCUUGUUGUGGUGGUGGACAACUCUGAGUACAAGAAAUAUGGGAGUAAGAAAACUAUCGAGUCAAGAGUGCUUGAAAUUGCAAAUCACGUGGACAAGCUGUACCGUCCUGUGGGUGUCCGGGUGAUGCUGGUCGGUUUGAUUAUUUGGUCAAACAGAGAUCAGAUUGAGGUUAGCAGCAAUUCAGAUACCACCCUCAUUCGCUUCAUUGAGUGGCGUCAACGGAACCUGGUUCAAAAGAUCAAGCACGACAAUGCACAGUUAAUCACAGGCAUAGAUUUUGAAGGUACGACGGUCGGGUUGGCUAACACCAAUGCUAUGUGCACCUCUAACUCUGGAGCCAUCAAUGAGGACCACAACACCAAUGCAAUAGGAGUGGCUUCCACCAUUGCACAUGAAAUGGGUCACAACUUGGGCUUGACCCAUGACACUGAGAACUGUGUGUGUGGCUCCUAUACAUCAAAAAGGGGCUGCAUCAUGGCUGAGAGUCUUGGCAUUGUGUAUCCCGAGCAGUUCAGCAGCUGCAGCAAACUUCAGCUCAGAAGGUUUUUAGAAGAGUACAACCCUGCCUGCUUGCUGGAUACUCCCUCCACCAGUCGCAUCUUUGGCGGGCCAGUAUGUGGAAAUGCCUUUUUGGAGCCUGGAGAAGAGUGUGACUGUGGUUCAGCUAAGGAAUGCACAAAUCCAUGCUGCAAUGCCACAACCUGCAAGCUGAAUGCAGGAGCUCAGUGUGCAGAAGGAGAAUGCUGCCACAACUGCCAACUGAAACCAACAGGCAUCAUCUGCCGACCAAAAGCAGGAGACUGCGACCUGGCUGAAUAUUGCACAGGCUUCUCUGCAGCCUGUCCGGCUGACACCUUUGCUCAAAAUGGCCUGAGGUGCAACAGCGGAAAAGGAUACUGCUAUAACGGAAACUGUCCAUCUCGACAAGAACACUGCAGAAGGCUUUGGGGACCAGAUGCUGAAGUCGCUGCAGACGAGUGUUUCAGUCGACAUGGAAGUUGUAGGAAGUUUAGCCAAAGAUGUGCAGCGAAAGAUCAGUUUUGUGGAACUCUUUUCUGCUCUGGUGGGUGGACGUUUCCGGUGACGUCCAUGAAGUCUUAUUAUAUAGUAGGAAAUGGAGUCACAUGCAAUGAAGCAACCAUGAAACCUGAAGACAACUACCCUUCAGAUUUGGGCAUGGUGCCCACUGGCACCAAGUGUGGCAACAAUAUGGUGUGCUACAACAAUCGAUGUGAAGACAUCAGAAACAUAAAAGCCUAUGGAAAAAACGACUGCUCAUCUAAAUGCAACAACCACGGGGUGUGUAACCACGAGAGUAAGUGUCACUGUGACCCUGGAUGGGCUCCACCUUUCUGUGAUGUGCAACAAUCAGAGCUGACUCAAGAUUCAGCCCCGGUUGUGGUUGUUGUCUCGGUGAUCAUUGGCCUUCUUCUGCUCUUGGUCCUGGUUGUUGUGAGUCUGAUGUGCUAUAUCCGAAAAAGGACACCUACAAAGAGCCGCCUAACUACCUCAGGACAAUCAAACCCAGUGUUCCGGUCAAGUGGUACACGAGGGGGUCCUCCUGUGGGGUCCAAGGUCAUUAGUCAGCCGGUGUUUUUGGAGUCAUCAGCUACCCAAGCCUGCAAACCUUUGUCUUUUGCUCUGAAUCGACCGGAUAGAGAUUUGAAGCCCUGCAGAGCUGCUCCAGAGCCACCCAAAUACACACAAGGAAUACCUCAGCCAACAAGAAAAUACCAGGCAUUCAUGCAGCCAACAGCAGUUUCACUGCUGCCCAUUUAUAAUGAGAAUAAGCCCCAGCCACCAUCUAGACCUCUUCCACCACUAACAGCAAAACCAAUCAUGAAGCCAAAACUUCCAACCCCUCCAGUGAAGCCAAAGCCCACUGCAGCCCUGUCUUCACUGCCUCACACUCAGCUGAUUGGGAAGAGAGCUGUUCUCAUGCCCCCGAGCCGACCAAGAUGAUAGGGAAAUUAUUUUAGCCAGGAUGUAAAUGCUGAGAUUCUGUGGCAGACAAUAUUGUUUAGUCCUUUCCACAAAAUCUUCUCAGGAAAUACUUAUCUGUUUUUAAGCAAAAACAAGAUCCACAGGAGAAUCAGCAACUUUAAAUGACAGAGCUCUAUGUCAGUGAUGGUCCCCCUGUGGAUCAUCAUACUAAUGCCUACGUUGAUUUAAAUCCAAAGCCAUGUUUCCACCCAACGAGAGUGCUUUAUUUAUAUCAAAGAGUCUUCAGGAGAAAUCUUCACUGCCUUGAUUCUUAGAUGUGUGUACUCUUUAUAAGGCAAUUGCACUAUCCAUUUUUCUGUCAAAAUGUUUACAUUAUCCUGGGUAUGACUGGAAUGUUUCUAACUACACAGGUUAUGGGCUGCAUCUUUUUCUGUAUUCAGAGACUUGAAUGUGUUUUGAAUGCUGGUUUUAAGAAUCCUAAAUAUGGUACUUGUGCACUUAGACAGAAACCAGGUGACUGGAAUGUCUGAUCAACUAAUGCAGGUUUCUGAAUUCUAUCUGCCAAGAGGAUGAACACACAGUUCUACUCACACGAUCAGCAUCUGAGGAUAUUUACAUGACUGUAAAUACAGGGAAGCAAAACACCCAGGUCUCUUCUGCUCCAUGUAAACACAGCUUUGGGAAUGUGAUCCAGAUUUAGAAGAAUCCGAAACUAAUAAGAAGCAAAUAAUGAGAAUGUAUUGCCCUCUUUAUUAGCCGUAACAUGUAUUCUGUAUUUUUGAUUCACUUUAAAAAUGGACUUGUAGACAAACAGAAAACCUGUGCAGAUUUAAAAAAAAAGUAUUUUGUCUGACUGAAAAUAGUAUUAAAAAGGGAGAAAUACUUUUGAGGUACCUUAAUUUCGACUUUAUAAUGUAUCAUUUUGUGUAUGUUUAAGAUCUUUCUUUGUCUUAAUUUUCUGCAGCAUUUUAUUCUUCUGUUUUGGCCAUUUAUAACAGUUUUUUUAAUUUAUUUUCCAUCCUAAUUUUUUUGUUUUAUAAUAUUCUUUUUUUAUUGAUUUGUUAUGUAAUUUCUUAAAUUAAAAUUAAAUAAAUGUAUUUUGUAAAAAUCAACUUUUACCAUCAUUUGUGUAGAUAAAGGAUUAAAGUUUUAUGUCUUUUGUUUAGUAUUUUAUGUAUCUUAUGUCUUGUCUGGUUUAUUUUGACAGUGUUGUCAAAAUAUCAGUAGGAUGGCCAUUUUUAUUUUAACAAAUCCGUUCUAACAUUUUAAAACUAGGUUAUUGUGAUUUUAUUUAUUGUUGUUGUUUGUGAGACCCAUUGUUAAAAUGGUUUGACAUCUUGAUUGCGAUCUUCUAAUGCAGUGUUGCAUUCUGGGAUGAAGUUGCCUUUAUUUCUCUUAAUAAAUCUAGAGGAAUCACAUUACUCUGAUAUUUUGUAUGUGUGUGUGUUUAUGCUUCAACAAUAAACCAGAAUAAUCAACA